AUGGAGCAAAUACCGCCACCCAAAGAGGUGAAGAUUCUCGAGACUGCUGAGGAUAUUCAAGAGCGUCGUGAACAGGUGCUGAACCGCUAUGAAGACUUCAAACAGGAGGCUCGUGCCAAACGCGAGAAACUCGAGGACUCGCGGCGUUUCCAGUAUUUCAAGCGCGACGCUGAUGAGCUUGAGUCAUGGAUCCAGGAGAAACUCCAAGCUGCCAGCGACGAGAGCUACAAAGAUCCCACCAAUCUUCAGGCCAAAAUCCAGAAACACCAAGCAUUCGAAGCUGAAGUGGCCGCUCAUUCUAACGCUAUCGUAGUGCUGGACAACACCGGUUCCGAAAUGAUAUCCGCCGGCCACUUCGCUUCCGAGACGAUCCAGCGUCGAUUGGCGGAGCUCCACCGUCUGUGGGAGCUGUUGCUGUCUCGCUUAGCUGAGAAGGGCAUGAAGCUCCAGCAGGCGUUGGUCCUGGUGCAGUUCUUGAGACACUGCGAUGAAGUCAUGUUUUGGAUUCACGACAAAGAAACUUUCGUAUGCGCUGAUGAAUUCGGCUCUGACCUGGAGCACGUAGAAGUGCUGCAGCGAAAGUUCGACGAGUUCCAAAAGGACAUGGCGGCCCAGGAGUACAGGGUCACCGAGGUUAACCAGCUGGCCGAACGCUUGGUUCUCGAAGGUCAUCCCGAAAGGGAGACUAUUGUUAAGAGGAAAGAUGAGUUGAACGAGGCAUGGCAGCGACUCCGCCAGAUGGCGCUCAUGCGCCAGGAACGUCUGUUUGGAGCUCACGAGAUUCAACGCUUCAACCGUGACGCUGACGAGACCAUCGCUUGGAUCUCGGAGAAGGACGUCGUUUUAGGAUCUGAUGACUAUGGACGUGAUUUGGCCACUGUCCAAACUCUGCAGCGUAAACACGAGGGUGUAGAACGCGAUUUGGCAGCUUUGGAAGACAAAGUGUCGACUUUGGACGGUGAGGCAGCUCGCCUGGCCGCCAUACAUGCCGACCACGCACCCGCCAUCCAUGGCAAGCGGGAUGAGAUCACUCACGCUUGGCAAAAGCUUGUGCAGAAGGCCAAAGAACGUCGAUCAGAGCUGGAGUCAUCGCACGCGCUACACCGCUUCCUGGCGGACUACCGCGACCUGAUCUCGUGGGUGUCGGACAUCCGCGCGCUCAUCGCCGCCGACGACCUCGCCAAGGACGUCCCCGGCGCUGAAGCGCUGCUGGAGAAACAUCAGGAACACAAGGGUGAGAUGGAUGCUCGCGCUGACGUGAUCCAAGCUUGCGGAGCAGCCGGUCACGCCUUAGUGUCGAGCGGGCACCGUGCCUCGGCCGAGGUGUCUGCUGCCCUCGAAAACUUGGAGAGAGACACGUCAGCUUUGCACCAGCUGUGGGACCAACGAAGAGUGCUGUACCUACAGUGCAUGGAUUUGCAGUUGUUCUAUAGAGACACGGAACAGGCUGAUGCUUGGAUGCACAAGCAAGAGGCAUUCCUUGCUAAUGAAGACGUUGGCGACUCUCUGGACUCAGUUGAAGCCCUACUGAAGAAGCACGAGGACUUUGAAAAGUCUCUAGUGGCUCAAGAAGAGAAGAUUAAGGCACUAGAUGAAUUCGCCUCAAAGCUGAUUGAGGGACAGCACUACGCUGCUGACGACGUUGCGCAGCGACGAGAGAUGCUGUUGGAGAGAAGAGCCGCACUCUUGGACAAAUCUCAGCAGAGGAGGGCUUUGCUGGAAGAUGCUUAUAAAUACCAGCAAUUCGAGAGGGAUUGCGAUGAGACAAAGGGCUGGAUCAACGAAAAACUUAAGUUUGCAACUGAUGACUCGUACCUGGACCCUACCAACUUGAACGGCAAGGUACAGAAGCACCAGAACUUCGAACAGGAGUUGCAGGCAAACAAGCCCCGCAUUGAUGAGAUCACAAUCACUGGCAGCAACCUUCUUGAACAAGAGCAUUUUGCUAAGCCUCAAAUCGAGUCCCGCGUGGGUGAGUUGGCCGGUCUGUGGGAGAAGCUGGCGCUAGCCUCGGAACUGAAGGGAAGCAAACUGCAGGAAGCCGCCGCGCAGCAGCAGUACAACCGCAGCGUGGAAGACAUCGAGCUGUGGCUCUCUGAAGUCGAGGGACAACUGCUUAGCGAGGACUACGGGAAGGAUUUGACCAGCGUGCAGAAUCUACAAAAGAAACAUGCUCUAUUAGAAGCUGAUGUUAGCUCCCACGCUGAACGUAUCGAAGCGAUCCGUAACCAAGCUGAGCAAUUCAUCGAGAGGGGUCACUUCGACGCUGACAACAUAAAGGCUAAGAGGGAUGCUUUAGUAGCUCGAUACAGCGCUUUGGACAAGCCCAUGGCGAUUCGCAAGCGUCGUCUCUUAGACUCGCUGCAAGCUCAGCAACUGUUCCGUGACCUCGAUGAUGAAGCCGCCUGGAUCCGGGAGAAGGAACCUAUCAUCGCGUCGACUAACAGAGGUCGCGACCUGAUCGGCGUGCAGAACCUGAUGAAGAAGCACCAGGCCGUGAUGGGCGAGAUGGCGCAGCACGAGGCGCGCGUGGACGCCGUGCGCGCUGCCGGCGCCGCGCUGCGCGACGCGGGCCACUUCGCCGCAGACGACAUCGGCGCGCGCCUGCAGCAGCUGCACCAACAGUGGACGCAGCUGCAGGAGAAGGCGCUGCAGCGCAAACAAGACCUAGAAGACUCCUUACAAGCGCAGCAGUACUUCGCGGAUGCCAACGAGGCUGAAUCCUGGAUGCGGGAGAAGGAACCCAUGGCCAACACACAGGACUACGGCAAAGACGAGGACUCGUCCGAGGCUCUGCUGAAGAAACAUGAAGCGUUGUUAUCUGACCUUGAAGCCUUCGGCAACACCAUCAAGUCUCUGAGGGAACAGGCUGAUGCUUGUCGUCAACAAGAGUCCCCGGUGGUGGACGUGUCGGGCAAGGAGUGCGUGGUGGCGCUGUACGACUACGCGGAGAAGUCACCGCGGGAGGUCUCCAUGAAGCGCGGGGAUGUGCUCACGCUACUCAACUCCAACAACAAGGACUGGUGGAAGGUAGAAGUGAACGACCGCCAAGGUUUUGUCCCUGCUGCUUACGUGAAGAAGAUUGAGCCUGGGCUUUCCUCAUCGCAACAGAACCUUGCUGACUCCAGCUCGAUUGUGGCCAGACAAAACCAGAUUGAAGCCCAAUAUGACAACUUGCUGGGGUUGGCUCGUGAACGACAAAACAAGCUCAACGAGACCGUCAAGGCGUACGUCCUCGUGCGUGAAGCGGCCGAGCUCGCCACAUGGAUCAAAGAUAAGGAAAUGCACGCCCAAGUGCAAGAUGUCGGUGAAGAUCUGGAGCAAGUGGAGGUGAUGCAGAAGAAGUUCGACGACUUCCAGAACGACCUGCGCGCCAACGAAGUGAGGCUCGCAGAGAUGAACGAGAUCGCCGUACAACUCAUGACCGUUGGACAGACGGAGGCUGCGCUCAAGAUUAAAACACAAAUGCAGGAACUGAACUCUAAGUGGACAUCGCUCCAACAACUAACGGCGGAGCGCGCUGUCCAGCUGGGCUCCGCUCACGAAGUGCAGCGGUUCCACCGCGACGUGGACGAGACCAAAGACUGGAUUGCGGAGAAGGAAGCCGCCCUGGCUACUGACGACCUCGGCAAGGACCUGCGAUCCGUGCAGACCUUGCAACGUAAACACGAGGGUUUAGAACGCGACUUAGCCGCUCUCGGUGACAAGAUCCGCCAGCUCGAAGACACGGCCAACCGCCUGAUGACCACACACGGCGAUUCUGCCGAUGCCACGUACAGCAAGCAGCGAGAAAUCAAUGAGGCGUGGCAGCAGCUGCAGGCUAGAGCUAAUGCUCGCAAGGAGAAGCUGCUGGACUCUUACGACUUGCAGAGGUUCUUGUCCGACUACCGCGAUCUAAUGGCCUGGAUUAAUUCCAUGAUGGCUUUAGUUAGCUCCGACGAGCUCGCCAAUGACGUCACCGGCGCUGAAGCACUGCUCGAGAGACACCAGGUUAAUAUGAAUUAUCAAUUUACCGGCAUGAGCCAGCGUGGUUUCAGAGGACGUGGAGGUUUUAGACCCCACGAUGAAGAAAAUUUUCAAAGUUUUAAUAACAAUUAUGGUUAUGGCAAUAAUAAUGGUAAUAUUCCACCUCAAAAUCAAUUUAGAGGAAGAGGACGUCCAGGACGUGCUUCAAACAAGCGCUCUAACCAGAGAAUGGAGAGCUUCAGAGAUAAGCAAAGCGUCGCCCGUCACGAUGCGACCAGAGAGUCCAUCAAGGAUGAAUUAUUUGCGGGAGUUGAAGACGAAUUCAAUCGUCUCGCUGAACAGCAAACAAUGCAAGCAAGCAUGCUGUCAGUUACCAGCCGCGGUAUUGGAUUUGGCACUACCCACCUCACUUACGUCGCAACCCAGUAUGCUGACAAUAUCCGCAUCCCAAAUAUCUAUUCGCAGUUCCGAGCCUAUUUAGCUCUUUUUGAAGCGAAAGUUAUGGACUUAGUUCCACAUUAUCCUAUUCUGCCCAGAUUCGUAGAAGAAACAAAUCAACAUCAAGGGCUUAACGCCGAAUUUUUAAAGAUUAUUAAAACGUUCACUUUUGUUCCUACACCCAUUAAGAAACUUAUCGACGCCAUUGGCAUUUUGAAAUUUGAAGAGAAAAUUUACAUUCCCGUUGUUGCCGCAACUCCAGAGGUUGAAGGUCAUCCUAGGCCUAGACCAGAAUCUACAGUUUAUUCCAAUUUAAGAGCCACAGUCGUAGCGCUUUCAGAUCCCGCCACACCAGUUAACGUUCGCAGACGCUAUAGAGAUAGCUGCGCCAUCCCUGGUGCAAUAUGGAAUGAUAAUCUUUUACAAAAUGCAGAUGAAAUUAUUCCUGCUGAUCAUGACUUUGAAAAUGGCCUCAGAACUGACAUAAUGAUGAUUUUGCCAUAUUUGUCGAGGCUUCAGAAACACGCUCCCAAAAUGGUUGGAGGACCCUUAGAAAAUAAAACGAUUGGAAAAGCUUCAAUGUUGUUAAGUAAUGAGCUCGAAACUUUGAGAUGUCCAGAUAGACAUAUGAACGAGCCGUUAAAUGAUUAUUAUCAGCGAUGCAUUUUAGAAGGAAAUAUAACUGAAUACUCUUGCUUAGGCAAGUUAUCUGCAGCUGAUAGAAUAGAAGGUCAAGUUAAUUUGUUAGGAGAACAACCUUCUCUCCUUAAUUUGAUGCGGCCCAUUUACCUUUUGAGAGAUAAUGCUACCCAUAGUUAUAUUAUGCGCUCAGAUUUUAAAUCUGAGCACCGUACCGAGAUGGAUGCCCGCGCUGGUACGUUCCAAGCGCUGGAGCUGUUCGGUCAGCAACUGCUGCAGGGUGGACACUACGCCAGUGUCGACAUACAGGAGAAACUUAACAACAUGAGCGACGCCAGACAGGAACUCGAGAAGGCGUGGGUAGGUCGCCGCAUGAAGCUGGACCAGAACUUGGAACUCCAGUUGUUCUACCGGGAUUGCGAACAGGCUGAAGGCUGGAUGGGUGCCCGGGAGCAGUUCUUGGCUCCAUUAUCUAAAGACCAAGCUGAUGCUGGUGACUCUGCAGACUCCACACAACCUGACAACGUGGAACAGCUUAUCAAAAAGCACGAGGACUUUGACAAAGCUAUCAAUGCUCAUGAAGAGAAGAUCGCCCAACUGCAAACUCUGGCUGAUCAGCUGAUGGCCACUGAACACUAUGCGGCUGAUGACAUCGACGGCAAGAGGCGUCAAGUGCUGGACAGGUGGCGCCAUCUCAAGGAGGCUCUUAUUGAGAAACGAUCUAGGUUGGGUGACGAACAAACUCUCCAACAAUUCUCUCGUGACGCCGACGAAAUGGAGAACUGGAUCGCCGAAAAAUUGCAGCUGGCAACUGAAGAAAGUUACAAGGACCCUGCUAACAUUCAGUCCAAACAUCAGAAACACCAGGCCUUUGAAGCAGAGCUAGCCGCCAACGCGGAACGUAUUCAAUCAGUACUAGCUAUGGGCGGGAACCUUGUACAGCGUGGUCAGUGCAGCGGUAGUGAAGAUGCUGUUCAGGCUCGCUUGGCGUCCAUCGCUGACCAAUGGGAGUUCCUUACUCAAAAGACCACCGAGAAGUCUCUUAAACUGAAGGAGGCCAACAAACAACGUACUUACAUAGCUGCCGUCAAGGAUCUCGAUUUCUGGUUGGGAGAGGUCGAAAGCUUGUUGACAUCUGAGGACUCUGGCAAGGACUUGGCGUCCGUUCAAAAUUUAAUGAAGAAGCACCAGCUGGUUGAAGCUGACAUCCAGGCUCACGAGGAUAGGAUUAAUGACAUGAACCGUCAGGCGGACGCGCUGGUGUCGUCGGGUCAGUUCGACAGCGCGGGCAUCGGGUCGCGUCGCGCCGCCAUCAACUCGCGCUUCGAGCGCGUGCGCAACCUCGCCGCGCACCGCCGCGCGCGCCUGCACGAGGCCAACACGCUGCACCAGUUCUUCCGAGACAUCGCCGACGAGGAGUCCUGGAUCAAAGAAAAGAAACUCCUUGUGGCAUCAGACGAUUACGGUCGCGAUUUGACCGGUGUCCAGAAUCUAUUGAAGAAGCACAAGCGUCUCGAAGCCGAGCUGGCCAGUCACGAGCCUGCCAUACAAGCCGUGCAAGAGGCCGGCGAGAAACUCAUGGAUGUCUCCAACUUGGGUGUGCCUGAGAUCGAGCAGCGCCUCAAAGCGCUCGCCCUGGCGUGGGCCGAGCUGCAGGCGCUGGCGGCCGAGCGCGGCGCCAAGCUGCAGCAGUCGCUCGCCUACCAGCAGUUCCUGGCCAAGGUGGACGAGGAGGAGGCUUGGAUCAGUGAGAAGCAGCAACUGGUAGUGGUAAGCGAGUGCGGAGACAGCAUGGCGGCUGUGCAGGGCCUGCUCAAGAAACACGAAGCUCUGGAGGCCGAGCUGGCGGCCAGGGCCGAGCGCGUCAAGGACUUGUCCAGCGACGGCGAGCGUUUGCUAGCCGAGGGCAACUUGCAUUCUGAUGCGCUGUCACACAGGAUUGAAGCACUACAGGCCAAGGUGGAGAAGCUGACGGGGCUGGCGGCGCGACGCAAGGCGGCGCUGGUGGACAACUCGCUGUACCUGCAGCUGCUGUGGAAGGCCGACGUCGUGGAGUCGUGGAUCGCCGACAAGGAGACGCACGUGCGCUCCGACGAGUUCGGCCGGGACCUCUCCACCGUGCAGACGCUGCUCACUAAACAGGACACCUUCGAUGCCGGUUUGACGGCUUUCGAGCACGAGGGUAUCCACAACAUCACGUCGCUGAAGGAGCAGCUGGUGGCGGCCAACCACGAGCAGACGCCCGCCAUCGUGAAGCGCCACGGUGACGUCAUCGCCCGCUGGCAGCGCCUGCUCGCCGACUCCGCCGCGCGCAAGCAGCGCCUGUUGCAGCUGCAGGACCAGUUCCGCCAGAUCGAAGAACUGUACCUCACCUUCGCUAAGAAGGCGUCCGCAUUCAACUCAUGGUUCGAGAACGCGGAGGAGGACCUGACGGACCCGGUGCGCUGCAACUCCAUCGAGGAGAUACGCGCGCUCAGAGAUGCGCACGCGCAGUUCCAAGCGUCACUGUCGUCAGCCCAAAGCGACUUCGAAGCCCUUGCUGCUCUGGACGAACAGAUCAAGUCAUUCAACGUGGGCGCCAACCCCUACACCUGGUUCACUAUGGAGGCUCUUGAGGAAACCUGGAGGAACUUGCGCAAAAUCAUUGCUGAGCGCGACGUAGAGCUGACGAAGGAGGCUCACCGCCAGGAGGAGAAUGACAAGCUCCGCAAGGAGUUCGCCAAGCACGCCAACGCCUUCCACCAGUGGCUCACCGAAACACGCACGUCGAUGAUGGAGGGUACGGGUUCGCUGGAGCAGCAGCUCGCCACGCUGCGCCAGCGCGCCGGGGAGCUCGCCGGGGAGGUGCGCGCCCGCCGCGCCGACCUGCGCCGCCUCGAGGAGCUCGGUGCGGCACUUGAAGAACACUUGAUCUUGGACAACAGAUACACGGAACACAGCACAGUGGGGCUUGCCCAACAGUGGGAUCAACUCGACCAAUUAUCCAUGCGCAUGCAACACAACUUGGAACAACAGAUACAGGCCAGAAACCAUUCAGGUGUAAGCGAGGAUGCUCUGAAGGAGUUCUCCAUGAUGUUCAAACACUUCGACAAGGACCGCUCCGGUCGUCUCAACCACCACGAGUUCAAGUCCUGUCUGCGGGCUCUCGGUUAUGACCUGCCCAUGGUGGAGGAGGGGCAACCUGAUCCAGAGUUCGAAGCUAUACUCAAUGUGGUAGAUCCAAACCGCGACGGUCAAGUGUCCCUCCAGGAGUACAUGGCGUUUAUGAUCAGCAAGGAAACUGAGAACGUACACUCCUCCGAGGAGAUUGAGAACGCGUUCCGAGCUAUCACCGCGCACCAGGACCGCGCCUACGUCACUAAGGAAGAGCUUUAUGCUAACCUCACCAAGGAGAUGGCAGACUACUGCGUGGCUCGUAUGAAACCUUACGUCGAUCAGAAGACAGAGCGCCCCAUCCCCAACGCGCUCGACUACAUCGACUUCACGCGCACGCUCUUCCAGAACUAG